UCGUAGCGCGCUGGGCGGCAGAGCGGGCGGCGCAGGCCGGGCUGGGCCCGCGCGCGGCGGCAGCGGCGCCCCGGGCCGGAGGCGGCCCAGUCGAGCGGGCCAUGGCCACCGCCAUUCAGAACCCGCUCAAGUCCCUAGGCGAGGACUUCUACCGCGAGGCCAUCGAGCACUGCCGCAGCUACAACGCGCGCCUGUGCGCCGAGCGCAGCCUGCGCCUGCCCUUCCUUGACUCGCAGACCGGCGUGGCCCAGAACAACUGCUACAUCUGGAUGGAGAAGACCCACCGCGGGCCGGGUUUGGCCCCGGGACAGAUCUAUACGUACCCCGCCCGCUGCUGGAGAAAGAAACGGAGACUCAACAUCCUGGAGGACCCCAGACUCCGGCCCUGCGAGUACAAGAUCGACUGUGAAGUGCCCUUGAAGAAGGAGGGCGGCCUUCCGGAAGGGCCAGUCCUUGAGGCUCUACUGUGCGCAGAGACAGGGGAGAAGAAGAUUGAACUAAAGGAGGAGGAGACCAUUAUGGACUGUCAGAAACAGCAGCUGCUGGAGUUUCCACAUGAUCUCGAAGUGGAAGACUUGGAGGAUGACAUUCCCAGGAGGAAGAACAGGGCCAAAGGAAAGGCAUAUGGCAUCGGAGGUCUCCGGAAACGCCAGGACACCGCUUCCCUGGAGGACCGAGACAAGCCGUAUGUCUGUGAUAUCUGUGGGAAACGGUAUAAGAACCGGCCAGGGCUCAGCUACCACUACACCCACACCCACCUGGCUGAGGAGGAGGGGGAGGAGAACGCCGAACGCCACGCCCUACCCUUCCACCGGAAAAACAACCAUAAACAAUUUUACAAAGAAUUGGCCUGGGUCCCUGAGGCACAGAGGAAACACACAGCCAAGAAGGCUCCUGAUGGUACUGUCAUCCCCAAUGGCUACUGUGACUUCUGUCUGGGUGGCUCCAAGAAGACGGGGUGUCCCGAGGACCUCAUCUCCUGUGCCGACUGUGGGCGAUCAGGACACCCCUCGUGUUUACAGUUCACGGUGAACAUGACGGCGGCCGUGCGGACCUACCGCUGGCAGUGCAUCGAGUGCAAGUCCUGCAGCCUGUGUGGCACCUCGGAGAACGACGACCAGCUGCUGUUUUGUGACGACUGCGAUCGGGGUUACCACAUGUACUGCCUGAGUCCCCCCAUGGCCGAGCCCCCGGAAGGGAGCUGGAGUUGUCACCUCUGUCUUCGGCACCUGAAGGAGAAGGCCUCUGCCUACAUCACCCUCACCUAGGCCUGGCUCUGGCUCACCUGGACCUCUGGGGUGGUGCUUGCCUACCUGCCUCUUGGAGCUCCUCCACUCUCUCCUCAUCCUUAAUGCCCCACAGUGGGAGGGGCGAGGGGGAGCCCAAGAGGGGGCUGGGCCACCCCCUGCCCUCUGUGCAAGUGGAAUGUUCGCCCUGUGGGUUGAGGGGCCCGGCAGGGCCCUCUCCCUUCCUCCCUCCUUCCCCACCCCUUGGCAAAUGAGCACCAGGGGCUUCUGCUCCCCUCAAAGCCAUACCCCGCCUCUGGGCGGGCACGAGGGGUGGUGGAUGCCAGCUGGGGGCAUAGACACAGCCUUUUUCUAAAGAAAAAAUCAAAAA